CGACCGUUGGAUUGUUUGGGCUUCCUCGAUUUGUCUCACUUGUGCACAUCUAUCGUCUCCAUCAUCGCGAUUGUCAGAUAAUUUGAAUGAAUGUGGCCAAGAAGAAAAGUUGGUGUAGUCUAGCUAGCAGUCUGCAUUGAUUGAUUGAUUGAAGAUUCGAUUCAACUACAUUGUAUUGUUGGCGGUGUGUUUCCAGCGUGAGGCCUUCCAAACGUUGCUGUUUCAUCAUCGCAAGCACUCCCUUGGGCCUUCUUUCGAUUAGAUUUCCAACAAAGUUCCACUCAUUUCAUUUGUUUCCGUCAUGAGAGGUGUUCCUUCCAGCUUUCCUACUGGCUACAAUCUGCUAUCAUGGGUGUUGUUGUCGAUAUCACUGGGUGUGAUAGCCUCCACAUCCAUGGCCUUUUCAGGUCCAACGACCCCGCCAAGCUCUGAGAGCGGCAAUUCACAAGAAUGCUCUGCAGAUGGCACGUGCUCUCGCAACACCAUCAUGGGCAUGGCGGAUGCGGCUCCUACAGCUCCAGCGCAUCAGCAUCGUCACAAGCAAACGCAAAACCACACCACCCGAGAGACUGGGCUGAAGCAAGCAUCCAAGGGAACGGAUGCUGAUGCAACAGAUGCGAAUGAGAAAAAUGGUGAAGACGAACAAGAAGAUCCUUUGUUGAGGUGGCUCUCGGAUCGGGCAGUUCCGGAUGCAAAAUCUUGUGGUGUGUUUCUCGCGCCAUCCACAAUUCCGGGUGCUGGCUUGGGGAUGUUUGCUGGUAGAGCCUACAAACGACAUGAAGUUGUCACUCAAGGGGACGUUGUCAUCCCACUAUCUGAGAUUGACUGGCAUAGUGGAUUUGAAAUUGAAAACUUUCUGUGGGAAGAGUACACGUGGAGUGACUCCAGUUUCCCUCACAUGACAGAAGAAAACGGCUAUCAAUCUGGUUUGCAAGGAUGCUCUCCUGGAAUUGGAGCUGCCAUCAACUGUGAUCUGCCCCUCGUUAAUGUUGUAGAUACUUGGUCAAAGAUUGAUGAAGGUGGAAUGCAUCGCAGCAAAGAUCCUGGCGCUGGAGCCAUCACACCGUACCACGAUCGCAAAUCAAAAGCCAUACGAAGUAUCCAAGCUGGAGAGGAACUUUACAUUGACUACGGCGAGAACUACUUUGAAACCCGAGAAUACAUCUAUGGUCUCAUGCCCAUGCAUCGUCACUACGCGCAGGCAGACGAGUUUGUAGAGGGCUACUUUGAAUUCCGCGAAAAAGCCUUUCAAACUGUACCCAAACACUUGAGAAACGAACUGGAAGCUGAUUUGUGGGAUGUCAUCACCAAUUGGGGAUUUGAAACUAGAAUGCUCAAUGCCUUGCCAAGAAACCAUUCUGAAUUGGAUGAGGUCAUGGCAAUGGGUGGAACACAAUGGCGAAACUACAAACGCAGCAUCCGUGAUGUUGCAUGGCUGGAAGAGCAUGGCCAGUGCAUGGACAACAUCAAACCAGGAAAGUCGACAAUCUCACAGGCUGGAAGAGGUGUCUUUGCCACACGGUUCAUCCCAAAAGACGGCUUGGUUUCUCCAGCCCCAUUGAUCCACAUUGCAGACAAAAAAGAACUCGUCAUGUAUGAUGUCUUGCCAGAGAACGAGGAUGGCUUGAUUCAUCGGAAUGCCUCUCGACCAAUUCACCAUCAGCUUUUGCUCAAUUACUGCUUUGGACACCGGAAUUCCACAAUUUUGCUUUCACCUUACGGGCUUUUGUCAUCUCUCAUCAACCAUUCUCCCGAUGCUCCCAACACACGGAUCCAAUGGACGAAGAAAGAGAUGCGAAACCCGGAGUGGAUGGAGAUGCACCCAGACGAUUGGUUGGAAGAAAGUCAUUCUGGCCUGCAGUUUGAUUUUGUAGCCUUGCGUGACAUUGAAGCAAACGAGGAAAUUAUGAUUGACUAUGGUCCCGAAUGGGAAGCUGCUUGGAAAGACCAUGUGAAAAACUGGAAAAAGCCAGAGGGUGCUGACAAGUACAUGGUUUCCUACGAAAUGCAGAAGGCUCUCGACGCUGACGUCCCAACCGAGGAUGAGGGCGGCAUUGGCGAUCACUUGCAGGUGUAUUGUCAUGAUACCUUCCGUCUCGUCAAUGGUCUGCCUGAAGGCGACGACGACUACCAUCGUUGUCGGCCCAUCAAGCGCUAUAAAUCACCCAAAGGCGAGACGCUGUACCUCGUAGAACUCUACUAUGUCUACGAUGACGAAUGGCAAUCAUCCAUUGUGAUAUCCGAACUCCUCUUUGAUGUUCCUCGGUCGAUCUUUCACUUUGAAGAUACAUCUUAUACCCGAGAUCAUCAACGCACCUUUGGCUUUCGUCAUGAGAUGAUGAUUCCUGAUGACAUGUUCCCGAAAGCAUGGAUGAAUCGGCAGACGAAUGCUGAUGGUUGAACACACCAAAAGUCUUAGUUGUCUGCCCAAAUCCACCUUCAUAAAAACGCUGGACAUUUAUUCUACCCAGCAGUACAUAUUAUGUAGAGAUGAUAACUGAACGUCUUCAAUCUUGUAACCCAAUAGGAACACA